UCAUUCUAACUUCAGUAGCUUAUAAUACGGAGUACUUAUUUGCAGUUCGCAGUUUCGCACCGCAGAACCUCGUGCAUUCCACCCACUGCCACCAACCUGAACGCCGGCCGUCAUCCCGCUUCUCACCGCCUCCACCGCCCUGCUCGGCUCUGCCUAAUAAUCUCGGACACCGUCCUCCCUAUCUUGCCGGCCGUAUCUUUUGUUUCUCCUCUUUUCUCAAGUAUUUAUAUUUUUUUUGGAAUUUUCUCGCAUAUUGCAAAUAACUCUUGGUCGAAGAAGAUUUUCAGCUGUAAUUAAAUGGAGAACAGUAGCAAUGGUGAAAUUCCUGAAGAUGCAAAUGAACACUGCCCGGGUACUCAAUCUGAAGCAGCUGGAAAGUCAGAUGCAUGCGAAGGCUGCCCAAAUCAGCAAAUAUGCGCCACUGCACCUAAAGGCCCUGAUCCAGACUUGCUUCCAAUAGCAGAGAGAAUGGCAACAGUGAAGCACAAAAUACUGGUACUGUCAGGCAAGGGAGGGGUUGGCAAGAGCACUUUCUCUGCUCAACUCUCAUUUGCCUUAGCAGCCAUGGAUUAUCAGGUGGGUCUACUCGACAUAGACAUUUGUGGACCCAGUAUUCCAAAAAUGCUUGGUCUAGAAGGGCAGGACAUCCAUCAGAGCAAUCUUGGAUGGUCUCCUUGUUACGUAGAAUCCAACCUUGGUGUCAUGUCUAUUGGUUUCAUGCUUCCGAACCCAGAUGAAGCUGUCGUCUGGAGAGGCCCUCGCAAGAAUAGUCUCAUCAAGCAGUUUGUCAAGGAUGUUUAUUGGGGAGAGCUUGACUACCUUGUGGUUGAUGCUCCACCUGGCACCUCUGACGAACACAUUUCAAUCGUUCAAUACCUCCUGGAAACUGGCAUAGAUGGUGCAAUUAUUGUCACAACUCCACAACAAGUUUCUUUGAUUGAUGUACGGAAAGAAAUAAGUUUCUGCAAAAAAGUUGGUAUAAAUAUCCUUGGGGUGGUAGAGAACAUGAGUGGCUUGUGCCAACCAUUGAGUGAUGUCAAAUUCUUGAAGCCAUCAGAGACAGGUCAACCGAGUGAUGUCACUGAAUGGGCAUUGCAAUAUAUGAAAGAGAAAGCACCAGAGUUACUGAAUUUGAUGGCAUAUAGCGAAGUCUUUGACAGUAGUGGUGGUGGUGCCAUGAAGAUGUGUCAAGAAAUGGGGAUCCGUUUUCUGGGUAAAGUGCCAUUGGAUCCCCAACUUUGCAAGGCUGCUGAACAAGGUAAGUCCUGUUUUGAAGAUCAGAAAUGCACUGCGAGUGCUGCUGCGCUAAAAAGCAUCAUAGAUGAACUUAUCCCCAAAAGAGCUGCAGAGGAUGGUGUAUAGUGUAUUUGUUUUGUUUGUUCUGUUGUUUGCCCUUCACAGAUGAGGUAAGGAUAGUCUUCUAGUUAAAUGGGGGGUAUGUCCAUACGAAUGCCCCUCAAACUCUCUAUGUACAAUUGGCAUGACAUUUGCUCGAUGAUUUUAUACCAACUUCUUUCUGUUUGAACCAAUCUAA